GCGUCCCUUCCCCUGUUUCCUAUCCUACCCUAGCCGCCAGCAGUCGCAAGUUCCCGGCGCUCCCUGCUCCCCGUCCCCUGCUCGAGGCGUCGCCGUCCGCCGUCCGUCAUCGACGGCCAGAGCAAGCGGCCUUGUUUCCGUCUCCCACCUCCACCCAUCCGCGCCACAGCCAGGUUUCGUCUAGAACCUAGGUAGAGGUUUGAGCGAGAUGGGGUUGAGGGACAAGAAGAGGAACCAGAGGCGCGUGCUCUCGCGGCGCUCGGCCGGCCCCCGGACUGGCGAGGGCAAGGAUUUCCUGCCGCUGGAGGGGAAGGAGCAGAGGAUCCGGGAGCGGCAGACCGAGGAGCCGGAGAACACGGCCACUGUCCUGUACAUCGGCCACAUACCCCACGGCUUCUACGAGGACCAGAUGCAAGGUUUCUUUCAGCAGUUUGGGGCUGUUAAGAGGGUCAGGAUUGCCCGGAACCACAAGACAGGAAAGUCCAAGCAUUAUGGAUUCAUUGAGUUUGAGAACCCCGAGGUAAGCACGUGUGUUGGGAUAUAUCAGAUUAUCAGGGCACACUGUAUGUUUGUUGUCUGCUUACAAAUUUCUGGCCUGUUCUUGGUAUAUCAGGUGGCCAAGAUUGUAGCUGAUGAGAUGAAUAACUACCUCUUGUUUGAGCACACUCUGCAAAUUGCGCCUGUCCCACUGGAGAAAGUUCAUGCCAAAUUAUGGAAAGGUGUGCGGAAGGGAUUUGUACCAGUUGACCGGGUAGCAAUUGAACGGAAGAAGCUUAGUAAGGAUAAAACAGUAGAAGAGCAUAAGAGGAUGCUCGAAGGAAUUGUAAAGCGGGAUGAGAAUCGUCGCAAAAGAAUCAAGGCUGCUGGUAUCGAUUAUGAGUGUCCAGCCCUUAUCGGGAGCGUUCAGCCUUCAGCUAAGAAGAUCAAGUUUGAUGAGGAUUAGCUAUACAGAAGGCAGAUGGAUCUUUUAUCCAGUGGGAGUGAUGGGACUGCCGAGUUAAAUAUGGCUGGUCUAUUUUCAGUGAGGAUGAGAUGGCGGUUUCAUACAUCUGUUUUGCAUCAUGUCUUCAGUGGAUGUUGUAUUAGGUAAAUGACUGAUGUAUGUUGGUGAAGAAGCAUGAAUAUGUGGUGGGAAAUGAAUGACUUUCUUUCUUACCUGCCUCA